UAAGACUUCUAUUAGAACUCCGUUAGCUUUCGCGAGAGCGCUACAGUGUGAAUGGCUUUCCCCUCGGAUGAAUGUUUUAAUAUUCGUGUAAAUUAAAAUGAAUUUGACGUUUAGAAUAAUUACAACGUGUUCCUGAUGUGUGAACAAUGUCACAUUCCUUCUGUCGAAUGCACUGUGAUCGUGUGAAUUAACCAUGGAAAUGCUGAUGACGUUGGUGGUCGUUUUCAGCUAUGCUGUUGGAUCCCUUAAAACUUUACUGUUAGGCUUAAGUCCAAAACCAUUUUCACUAGUAUUAUCGAAUAAGCGGCCAUUGUAGCUUUAUUAAUAUCGUGAUAUUAUUUUUCAUCGUUAUAUAUAACGCUGUUGUUCUACAUAUUGACAUAUUUGUUUACGUUAUUUUAGUAAGAAUUUUUUUUUUUUUACUUUGAAAUUUAUUGCUUUAGCGUGCAAGAUAAAUUUUAAAUGUCAGACAAAUCUGGCUCAGCGAUAGUUCCACCACUACCAGAUCUCAGUCACUUAACGGAGGAAGAACGCAACAUUAUUGAAAAUGUUAUGCUACGGCAGAAAGAGGAGGAGAAGAAGGACGUCGAAGUUCUUAAGAGGAAACAAGAGGAAGUGAAUAUACUGGAGUCGACCAUUAAGAAACGUGCCGAAGACCAGAAGAAGAUGGGCUUGACGCUCGAGGCCACGUGUGAGCUUUGUCUCAAGACCAAGUUUGCGGACGGUGUGGGUCACGUAUGUUAUUAUUGCAGCGUGCGUUGCUGUGCUCGCUGUGGUGGCAAAGUCGCCUUACGUUCCAAUAAGGUUAUCUGGGUUUGCAUCCUGUGUCGGAAGAAACAAGAACUAUUCACCAAGACUGGUCAGUGGGUGCAUGGCAACCUGAGUGAUCCUUUGUACCGCCCAAUAUUAGAGAAAUCUCAUAGUACGGAGAGCGAGAACAUACCCCUGGACAGGUCCAACUCGCUCCAUCCUGGAGGUGAACAGUCUCUACCCGGAAGUAGACGUGGCUCUCUUGAAAGGUCCGGAAGUUCUAAGAGUCGGGAUCUUCGGAGACAAAACUCUGUUCAGCGACAGUCACGUGAAGGUGCUCUAAGAACUGCUGAUUUGACAUUACGCGAUAGGGGGCGGUCCCACUCUGAGAGAAGAUCACCACCUAACAGCGAUCGCCAGAGAAGACGGUCUUGUUCAGAACCACGAGUUGACGCUGCUGACGAAAAACAUUUUCCACAUGAUAUUCAGAGAGGGCGCCACAUGCAGAGGGAUGGAGCGCGGUCUAGAGACUACUCACCAUCACCACCUCCAAGAGAUGACACUGAACUGCACGAGACAGGGUUAGAAAGAACGCGAGAGGCUUCAAAGCGUGACCGAAGGAGAGGAACGCGAGAAAUUAAGCGUGAAGACGUCCAGUUCCAUAACCCUAUAACUCGAGACGAUUACAGAGCUAGGGGAGCGACUUCCAGAGACGGUUCCGUAGAACGACGGUCACAACGAAUUAAUGAAAGUGAGGUAGAGCGAUACACCGAUAGGGGGCGUGCUACUUAUCGCACACCCACAUAUGAUCGUAAAACAAGUCGACGAGACACGCAAUAUAGAAGUCGAGGAGAUUCAGAAAAUUCAAGGCAUAUAAAAGGUAAAUAUAUUAGAGAGGUUCCUAGUGAUCUUUGUUUACCAUAUCAAGAUCACCAAAAUGAUCUGCUAGUAGCAUACUCAGGUGACGCAGACAGACAAUAUCACUCACCUGGAGACGAAAGCGAAAAGGGUAUUUCAGGAUUUAGUUCCCCAUUAAUGUCGAAUACUGACACCAGGGGGCACGCUGGCUGUUAUGGACGAAGGAAAGAUGUUAAAAGCGACUUAAUUGUCUCCGAAAAUUCCGAACACGUGAGAACUAGACUUCAUAAACAUAGACGUAGCAAGAAACAGCGUCACAGAUCUCCAAGUAGCUCGGAUGAGGACGUCACAGCAAUCUCUGAUUGGUCCAGCUGCGACGAGGAGGAUUUGGGAGGACCUAACCUAGGUGGCUUAGAAAAAGGCGUCCGCUCUCACUCCCGAUACAAAACACGGCACUCAGAGCCACAGUCAACAUCGAGGAAGAAUCAUACGAAACAAAGAGGGCCCAGUUAUUACUAUAACGACCAAGAUAUAUGUGAGGAAGCAAGCCUCAAAAAGACAGUACGUUUUAACCGCGAUAACGCCACCUCUCGACAAAAUUCUGAAGAACUUUGGGACGAACAGCAGACGAAAGAUUCUGGUAUCGAUACCAGCAGCAGUGCCACCUUGAACGAGGAUAACAAUAAUAAGCAUCCAGUUGGAUGGAAGUUAUCACUUGAUGGGACCAGAAUGAGUGGUCAUAUGAUUCUGAAGAAGUCAGUUAAGGAAGGUGAAAGUGGUGCCUCCACAGCUGCCAUUUUGGGUCUGAAAGUGGUUGGUGGUAGGUUUCUUGAAUCAGGUCGGCUUGGUGCUCUGGUGGAGAAAGUGAAAAUGGGGAGUGUAGCAGAUACUGUUGGACAUCUGCAGCCAGGAGAUGAAGUACUUGAGUGGAAUGGCCACUCUCUACAGGAUAGAACCUACGAAGCAGUGUUUGAAUUAAUUGCUGAGUCAAGAGAAGACCACCAGGUGGAGAUGACAGUGAGUAGGCCUGUACGUGAUAUUGGGUGGACAGAAAAGAUUUCGUGUAGAGACAAGGAAAAUAAAGAUUUCAUAACUCUAGAAGAUGUCAGCAAACACAACAUGCAACAAGACUGGUGGCCAAGUGUGAUGGUGACAUCACCAGGUUCACCUGAAACUGUAAGAUUAUGCCCCCGCUCACCAGUUAUAGGUGGUAGAUUACAGCUCAAGUUGUGGUACAACCUUCAGGCCUUACAACUCAUUGUAACAAUAAUUUGUGCUACAGAGUUGGCCACCAGAAGGGGUAAGCUUAUGCCUAACCCCUAUGCCAAAGUGUUUCUUCUUCCUGACAAAAGUGAGAAAAGCAAGAGGAGAACCAAAACGCUGUCUAAUACCAAUGAGCCUAGAUGGAACCAAACAUUCGUCUAUUCCCCCUUGAGGCAGCUGGAUUUGAAAACCAGGGCAUUGCAGAUUAGAGUGUGGGAUUAUGACUGUUAUGGUGCUAAUGACUUUUUAGGAGAGGUUUUGAUUGACCUUUCAUUGAUAACUUUGGACAAUAAAGGUCACUGGUACUCCUUGGUCAGACAUGAAGACAGCGUGAAUGCUCAAUUGAGACAACAGGCCACGUUUCUUGACACAGAUACAGGAUCCAGCACCUUGGCUGACCAUCUGUCCCCAUUGUCUAAUGUCUCUAGUCAUCUCUCUGAUGGUGACACCUCGGACAUUGAUGAUGGAACUGUUGUGGGAGGAAACAGAAACAGUGUUGGAGGACUGGACAGGAUUAGCUUGAGUUCAUUGGGGAGUAGUUCUAGUCCUCCUGUGGCAGGGGAAGAGUUUAGUGAUGUUGUGGAGAGAUGGGUCACGAGGGAUCUCUCACCAUUAGGAAGGAAGCGGUCAGAAACUGGGGAAGAGACCAGGUACAACCAUCGGGGAGACAAAUUUUGCAAAGUUGAAGAGUUCAUUAAUUCAACCAGCAGGGAGCGUCCAUCACAACGUGGAGUAGAGUAUACCUCAAGGUCGCUAUCUCCACCUGUUAGAAGGUUACAAAAUUUGUAG